AUGAAGAGCAAUAACAACAGAAGAUUCAUAUCACAGGCUGAUAAUGAGAUCGACCAGACCAGCAACGAUAGUAGAUGUAGUGAGAAAAGUGAAGAAGAGUUUGUGAUAACGAGAUGCUGGGCAAGUGUAGCGCAUUUGGUGAGAGGUUCGGCUGAAACUGCAAUCAUGGUUCAAAAACGACCUUGUGCCGAACAAGCUUUCAUCCCUCAAAGAUCGAUAUAA